AUGGCUCCCGCCAUCAUACCCGAGUCUCCCGUUGCAGAUGGGCCUCCCUCAACGCUCGUCAAGGUCGCCCGCAGCGAUAGUACUCUGGCCUCCGACACCACAAAACACCUCGCUGUGCGAGCAACGACGGGUACUUCAGCUUAUGGGAAAGGUACAAUCAACCCGGGCAGCAUCAACAUGCCAGGGAUGCUUGCUCUAUUCGCGAUUCUAGGGGCGUGCUUUGUGCUCGCGACUAUAUGGUUCUUCUUUUGGGCUAAGAACGGCGGCUGUGUAUGGCGAAAAGGUGACUGGGAAGAGUACAAGUCUACCGUGUUGCGUCGCAAGGGUCCUGAUGGUCGCACCCUGUCCAACGCCACGACGAGUACGAAUUUGGGCGGUGGCAGUAUUCGCGGUUAUGACGACGACGAUGACGGCCUUACGUAUACCGAUAUGACGGAGACGGCGACUACGGUGACUAACGAGAAGGCAUCGGCAGCAGGUGGACGGAAAAACAAGAACAAGAAGAAAUCCAGAAACAAUGCAAAGGACAAGCUGCUCCGGCGAAACAGGAAUGAGAAAUGGGAAGGUGAAGCCGAUGAUGAUGUGCGUGCGUACCGGCAAGAAAAACCAGCUCGUGUUGGCGGCAUCAAUCGAGAGGCUGAAGGCACAUACUACGGAACGGAGUACACGCCAAGCUCUCCUCCCACAGCUUAUACGGAUAGUGAAGCAUACUACCACGCGCCUGAACAUCAUCGCGACCACCGUCGUGAUACCCGUAACGCCUCUGGCUUCUCCUUCACCGUCGGCAGCGAAGAUGUCAUUAGCCAAGUCACUGAAGAGCAAUCCGUCCACGAAUCGGCGCAUACUCGUCGGGAGACGCGCCGUCAACAACGUCGCCACGAACGAGAAAGAGAAAGUCAUCGGUCCUCCCGCCAGAGCAGCCCUCGCAAACAACCACAAUCAAACCGCACAUCAGUUCCUGGUGGAUAUACCGAGCCAUUGGACUUCUCGUCCCGUGCCACCAACUCCGAAUACCAGUACUCCACUGUCGAGACUGAGGAUGACUCUGGCACCAAGAGCUACCAUCAUCCUAUUCCGGGGCUGAGCAAGGGGUAUCGACGAGACAGAGAUGGCGGCGGACGACGCAGACGUGAUAGUUUGAGUGAUAGUGAUUAG